ACAGGGGUCAAAGGCAGACCCGAGCAUCACGUGUUCGUACAGCACCACAAAACAGCGAAGAAUCCGCCUUUGGAGUCAGAAAAUCCAGUAGGAGAUUCCGCAAUCCUGCUGGGCCCCGGGGUUGGAGACUCCCUGCAGAAUCGGGGCUGAAACCUCGGGAGACCUACGGGAUCCAUCCCCGAACGCCAGGACCGGGGCGCGUUCCUAGUUGGUUUGCAGGAGUCACCUGCUGAGGCUGAAGGUAAAACCAGAGCAGAAGGUAAAGCCAACAGGUGGAAUUCUGAGGAAUGGAACCGAGGCACAAACAGUCGUGCUCUUAGCCUGGGAGGAAGGAUGAACUGACCAGUGGCUUUUAUCUUCUCAGCACCCCUUUAAGCAUCUUAAUGAAGUUCCAAGACACUUGUCCAGGCAUAUAUCCUAGGAGGGAUCGGAGUCCCAGAAGAACUGUAUUAGAUGUCAACAAUUCCCCCAAGGAAUUUUCACUGGACUUAGAAUGAGAAUACCUUUUUCCGGUCAUGCUUUUUCCACCAGAGUCGGCUUCUACAGCCGCAGCAGGCCCACCUGGACAGCAUGAAAGCCCUUCUCUGCAUCAGGGUGUCCCUCUACCCCUGCCCAAGGUUCCCCAGGAGGCACUGACGCCCCUGGGCCAAUUCUGCUCUGCCCCGGGACUAGGAGCAGAUUUGCCAUGGUGACAUAAACAGGGCAAGGAGGAAGGAGAACAGCUCAGUCCAUGGACCACCCUCCCUGGUGGGAAGAAAAGACACCCUCAGUCCCAACUCAUCCCUGUGCACAAACAGCUUCUGUUAUUAAUUAUUUUUAAUUUAUUGCUUUGAAUUGAAUUCCUGUUUUUCUUCCUGUGAAAAGAAUUGGGGGGUGGGGGUGGGGGGAAGCCAUUGCUAAGCAACAUUGAGGAGCCAGGAUGACCAUCCCCCUGUGCCCAAGGAGGCUUCGCAGGCAGGCGUCCCCUCAGACUGUGUUGCUCCUGCUGUUUGCCUUCUGCCUGCUCAGUGUUUUUGUCUCUGCCUAUUACCUGUAUGGCUGGAAGAGGAGCCUGGAGCCCUCAGGUGAGGUCACUGGGCCUGACUGUAAUGAGGAGCCCCAAAUCACUCCAUCACGCCUCCUCCCCCUCAAGACCCUUAAAGUGUCCUCGUCAUCACGAACUGAUCCCCUUGUGCUGGUGUUUGUGGAGAGCCUGUACUCCCAGCUGGGCCAGGAGAUUGUGGCCAUUCUCGAGUCUAGCCGGUUCAAGUACCGCACAGAGAUUGCCCCCGGGAAGGGGGACAUGCCCACUCUCACAGACAAAGAUCGGGGUCGCUUUGCGCUCAUCAUCUAUGAGAACAUCCUCAAGUAUGUCAACCUGGAUGCCUGGAACCGGGAGCUACUGGACAAGUACUGUGUGGAAUACGGUGUUGGCAUCAUUGGUUUCUUCAAGGCCAAUGAGAACAGUCUGCUGAGUGCUCAGCUCAAGGGCUUCCCUCUCUUCCUCCAUUCGAACCUGGGCCUGAAGGACUGCAGCAUCAACCCCAAGUCCCCACUGUUGUAUGUGACCCGGCCCAGCGAGGUAGAGAAGGGCCUGCUGCCUGGGGACGACUGGACCGUCUUUCAGUCCAACCAUUCCACCUAUGAGCCGGUGCUGCUGGCCAAGACCAAGUCGGCAGAGUCCAUCCCCCACCUCAGCGUUGGUGCGGCCUUGCACACCACGGUGGUGCAGGACCUGGGGCUCCAUGAUGGCAUCCAGAGGGUGCUUUUCGGCAACAACCUCAACUUCUGGCUGCAUAAGCUGGUCUUUGUGGAUGCUGUCGCUUUCCUCACUGGCAAGCGCCUUUCGUUGCCCCUGGACCGCUAUAUCCUGGUGGACAUUGAUGACAUUUUUGUGGGCAAGGAGGGCACCCGGAUGAAGGUGGAGGACGUGAAGGCCCUUUUUGACACUCAGAAUGAACUGCGCACACACAUCCCAAACUUCACCUUCAACCUGGGGUACUCAGGGAAAUUCUUCCACACAGGUACAGAUGCUGAGGAUGACGGUGACGACCUGCUCUUGUCCUAUGUGAAGGAGUUCUGGUGGUUUCCACACAUGUGGAGUCACAUGCAGCCCCACCUUUUCCACAACCAGUCUGUACUGGCUGAGCAGAUGGCCCUCAACAAGAAGUUCGCUGUCGAGCACGGGAUCCCUACCGAUAUGGGCUACGCUGUGGCUCCCCACCAUUCUGGCGUGUAUCCUGUCCACAUGCAGCUUUAUGAGGCCUGGAAGCAGGUGUGGGACAUCCAGGUGACCAGCACAGAGGAGUAUCCCCACCUGAAGCCUGCCCGUUACCGCCGUGGCUUCAUCCACAAUGGGAUCAUGGUCCUCCCCCGGCAGACUUGUGGUCUCUUCACCCAUACUAUAUUCUACAAUGAGUACCCUGGAGGCUCCAGCGAACUGGACAAAAUCAUCAAUGGGGGAGAGCUCUUCCUCACUGUGCUGCUCAAUCCUAUCAGCAUCUUCAUGACUCACCUGUCCAACUAUGGAAAUGAUCGUCUGGGAUUGUAUACCUUCAAACAUUUGGUGCGCUUCCUUCACUCCUGGACCAACCUGAAGCUGCAGACGCUACCACCAGUCCAGCUGGCUCAACAGUACUUUCAGAUCUUUUCUGAGGAGAAGGACCCACUGUGGCAGGAUCCUUGUGAAGACAAGCGGCACAAAGACAUCUGGUCAAAGGAGAAAACGUGUGACCGGUUCCCCAAACUCUUAAUCAUUGGACCCCAAAAAACAGGCACCACAGCCCUUUAUCUAUUCCUGGGAAUGCACCCUGACCUGAGCAGUAAUUACCCAAGCCCAGAGACCUUUGAGGAGAUCCAGUUUUUCAAUGGUCAAAACUACCACAAAGGCAUAGACUGGUACAUGGAGUUCUUCCCUAUCCCCUCCAACACCACCUCUGACUUCUACUUUGAGAAAAGCGCCAACUACUUUGACUCUGAGGUGGCCCCGCAGCGGGCAGCGGCGUUGUUGCCCAAAGCCAAAAUCCUCACCAUCCUCAUAGACCCGGCCGACCGAGCCUAUUCUUGGUAUCAGCAUCAGAGAGCCCAUGAUGACCCAGUUGCCCUGAAGUACACCUUCCAUGAAGUGAUCACGGCAGGGCCUAAUGCCUCCCCAAAGCUGCGGGCACUUCAGAAUCGCUGCCUUGUUCCUGGCUGGUAUGCCACCCACAUUGAACACUGGCUUAGCGCUUACCAUGCCAACCAGAUCCUGGUGUUGGAUGGCAAACUGCUCCGGACCGAACCUGCCAAAGUGAUGGAUACUGUGCAGAAGUUCCUCGGGGUGACCAACAUUAUUGAUUACCAUAGAACUCUGGUGUAUGAUGCAAAGAAAGGAUUCUGGUGCCAGCUGCUUGAAGGAGGGAAAACCAAGUGCUUGGGCAAAAGCAAAGGCAGGAAGUACCCAGAAAUGGAUUUGGAUUCACGAGCGUUCCUAAGAGACUAUUACCGGGACCAUAACAUCGAACUUUCUAAGCUGCUGUAUAAGAUGGGCCAGACGUUGCCCACCUGGCUGCGGGAGGACCUCCAGAAUACUAGGUAGCUGCUGCCAUCACCAUGACCAGAGUGAGCAUUCAUGAUGGCCAGGGAGCCCCAGCCUCACACUGAGCCACCCCGGGGGUGUGGAACAUAGCCCAGAACUGCCAAGCAUUUCUGAGCAGUACCCCACCAAGGCCUGACCUGGGAACGAGACGAAGAUCCCAGUGCAGCUGAAGAGAGCUCCAGAGCCUCCCCCAGCCAAGGCCUACAACCAGGCACGUGGCCCCAAGCAUUUCCGGAGACCUGCUCGAAGCUUCCCUGGGUGUAAGGUUGCUUCCCGUUUGUGGGACGCCACUGCCUUGUGAGAGGGAUUCUGUACUACUCCUCACUGUGCCCUUAGGCACUAUCCCCUUCCCCCAGGCAGGGCACUCCCUCAGUAUUAAUCGCUGGGUUUCCCACCAGCUGGACAGUGAGGGGGGUGGGGUGGGACAGGAAUGAUCUUUUGCUAGACGGGAUGGGGGACCAGGACAUACCCCUGUCCAUUUCAGAAAAGGUCCUUCAGAAAGAUAGGUCUGGUACUCAGAGCUAGUUACCAGGCUGGACUUAAGUCUGAUGGCCUCCAGAGACUUCUGGAGCCCAUCUGAUCAAUACCUUCCCCUCUCUGUCCUUAAAAUGUCUUCGGUACCUGCAGUAUCUACUCAGUCCCCAAGGGAUCUUUCCAGGGGAUGUUUUUAACCCCUCCAUCCUAACAUCCUGACUCCUAGGACCAGGUCCUGGAGUUGUCCCAGAAUACUUACCCUAACUUCUUGCCCCAUAUCCUUUCCAUAUCAUCAGAUAUGACUUACGUGGUGUUUUCUGUGGUAAAAGACUGAGGUGACCCCAGGGUCCAGCUACCAGAACCCAUUCCAGUGUACAUAAAAUGUUCCCUCCAGCCCCAAGCAAAGGCUAUGGGCAGUGAAGAUGGUGCCUACAGCCCGGUACCUCUGCCUCUGUUCCUGCUUUGAGCAGGCUGAGGCUUCCCCGGAGAACCUUUUAAAACCUCUCAAAUACUAAAAGCUGAAGUAUUUUAAUAUUUUGGUUUUUGUUUCUUGGUGCCAGAGUUUGUACCCUGAUUACUGGGGCUACACUGUGUUAUUUUAUAUAAACUCUCUCUGUCUCUCUCCCUCUUUCCCCCAUUUGUCUCUUGUCUCCCUCCCUCUUUUUCUCUCUGUUCCUCUUUCCCCUUUCUUUUCAUGGGUUUGUUUUAAUCCAGCUGCUACCAUAAUCAAGGUGGCAGGGCAUCUAAUCGGUGGGGUCAGAAAGGUAGCAUUGGCUACCAGUAGCUCUAAGGGAGGGUGACAGUUUCUCUGUCUCACCCUGAGGCUGCCUGAUUUUUGUCUCCUGCAGGCAGCAGAUAAAAUCAGGGAGGAGCAGAUCCUUUAGGCUGGUGUUUAUCACACUAGGCUAUUAUCUUGCAGUUGCACAUCUAUAUAUAUAUAUAUUAGAAAGAAGGAGAGAGGAAGAAAUGGGCCAGACUUCUACACCAGUGCUGUGUGUUUUCAGGGAUCUGGUGUUCCUGAUUUGUGUGUCUUUGUUACCUCGGGUUCCUUUUCCACCUGGGGAGGUCUUGUGUGCUGGGUAAGUUACCUGAGGUCUUGGCCACAGAGAGAACAUAGAAGGGUUUUAGUAAGGAUGACUGUCACAAGGUCUGGAACCCCCAUAUUCUUGACAACCCCUUAGUUCUUCACUAUUCUUUUGGGUAUGCCUGUGUUAGAGGUCAGGAGGCCCUGGAAGUAACACCAAUUUAUUGAUCAUCUAGAAGACUGGAAGAAGAGGCAUGCAUGGGACCAAUAUGAAUGUAUAGCGGGGUAGGAAAGGGGAAAGUGCCGCUGGAUAAGCAAGAGAGCCCCAAGCCCGUGUAACUGGGCAUCUGCUGGCAGAAACAGGAUUCUCAGCAUUAGUGAUACUAGAUUCAUCACGGCUUAUGUUUCUAGUUCAGCAUCCCUGAUCAUCUGGCCCAGCUGGAGAAAUGGAGCCUGUGUGGAAACUGGAGAGUAUUGUAAGCUUAAGCAGAUCAAGGCAAGCCAGAGACCUUAGGUUCCCAGCGUGGGCACCGUCCUUCUGCAGUCCACCAGAGCCCACAUUUUUGAUGUGGGGGCCCCAGUCAGUUUGCCCUUUGCUAUAGUUGGCACUAUCCCUGUUCCCGUGGGAGAUCAGGUCAAUGGAUCAGACUCCUAGGUGAGUCUGAGAGCCCUCCCAUAGCAGCAGUAGGUCAAAUUCCUGAGUCACCUGAGAGAAAGGGCCUGCAAAUGACCUUAUGAAGCCUGAGAGUAGGAUAGAACUCAACAAUUUCUGCCCUGAAAAGGGCAGUCUUCAAAGUCUUGUGUCUGGGGAUAUGUGGUGGGAGAUGAAGAAAGAAAACCAACGAAUAGUAACUUAAAUCCAGGCCUUUAUCCUUGAUGGAGAGAAGCCAGGAAGCAAAAGACAAUACACUUCCUCUGGGAGGACUUUGAACAUACAGAGUGGGUAGAGGGGAUGAUUAGGGUGGUCCUUACUACCCAGAAGAACAGGAAGGAAGAGGAAACUUAAAAACAUGAACUACUUGGGGGAGAAUUCUCUUUUACCAAAACUGCUGCGGAAACUGGAAAAGUUUGGCAAAAAUAGAGACUGGUGGCCAACACCAUAUACCACAAUAAGUUCUAAGUGGAUAAGUGACCUAAAAAAGAACAUCACAGAAAAAAAGAAAAAGGGCAGAGUACUAGACCAAGCACACUCUAAAGUAGGCAUUUACAUAUGCUGUGCCAGAGGGCCAAGGUAAGGCAGGAUAAGCCAGUGGUCAGUGUACUGUUUAGUUCUGUUAAAGACACAGGACAUUACCUUCUUACCAAGAAGAGAAGUAGGGCCAUGAGGGGGUGGGAGUGGUAGGAUUGGGCAAAGGAGGGGUAGAAUUGCCUCAGGUAGCUUGUCCAAUUAAACUGUAAGGGCUGGAAGACCAUACCUAUCAGUAUCUCUAAUGAGGUUAUUAUGCUGUCAUUUUGAGCCUGCCCAUACACAGUAGUAUAAUAAGUAGAGUCAGAACUGGUAUGUAUUAUAAUCUGGCUCUGGUCUGACUGGGAAAGAAAGAGAGAGAUGAAAUCAGGUGAGAGUUCUUCAUCAAAAAGCAAUGCAACUUCUGGGGACUAGAGUGUCCGUAGUGGUUUUCCCUAGUGUUCCCCUGUGUGGUGUUGGGAGCACUGUGGGACCCUAUCUGUGGGUGUGACAAGGUAGCUGCAGCUGUGACAACCCUCUGACUCCUUCCCUAUGCUCUAGAGUGAUUCUGUGUCAGAAUUCAUGGGACCCUGAUGCAGGAUAGUUUCUAUGCCUGGAUCCAAAUCUUUCUAAUAUGGAGGAGACAUGAUGGAAUAGAAAGAAUAUAUUGGAUGUUUGGGAAAACACUAAUGAAGUGCUCCUGGUGAGGCUUUCCCUUUCCCUCAAGGUACAAUGCCAGGUGCCGGGAGACAAAAGCCCCCAAGUCAGUUUGGAGGAAGGGAAGGGUGGCCAAAGAUGGUGGAUCAACUGCGGAGUGAAGUUUUCUCCUUUCUGGAAACCUGACCAUGUGACGGGUCCAUGCAGCUCAGAUGUUGGCCAAAGAAAAAGGGAUGUGGUGAUUAGGGGAAGGUGGAAUAGGGUUGCAAAGACUGAUCCUGGCUUAGAGAUCUAUGGAACCAGAGUUGAGAGCCAGCCCCAUUUGAAAACCCAGGAUAGAAUGGGAUUCUCACCCAUUACCAAAUUGUUCGGAUGAUUACAGUUUUGUCUUACGGUUUGAGAUCUGUUACUACUAGGCUGCUUUCUUUCCCAUUUUUGGGGGGAAUAUUUUGAUAUUUUUUGAUUGAUUCCCUUGAUAUUCUUGACCUUUUUAUAAUGGGAUCCUCUAAAAAGUAUCUACUCAACCCAUCUCUUCUUUAACUUGGUGCUAGCGUGUGGGAUUUACCUAGGGUUCACAGUUGCUGUUUUAGUGAGCAGAGAUGCCUGUCAUUGCCUGUCUUGCCAAUAACAGGUGUAUUGGUAUCUUUUCCAGCCAGAAGUCUUGUCUGGGGCAUUGGGCUGAAGGAAGAGAGCUGACUGCCUUCCUCUGGUCUGGUUGCCCUAGGUUAUCAGGGCAAGUGUAUAGACACAACUGAUUGGCCCUUCCAGAUGUUAUAUACUGCUCUGAGUCAGAAAGCAAGCCUAAGUGGUGGUGUCUUGCAAGCUCACUUUAGAUAGCAGCUUCUCUAAGCUAUUUACUUUUACAGGAGUCAGGUAUCUCCCCACCAAUCCUAACCCACUUGUAAAACUGUGAAGUGACUCAUAUGUAGUGUUCCCAUUACCCCCACCUAACUUGUACCACUGCUAGGUUCAUUCCUUCACUGAAGUCCCAGGGAGACCAUUCUGGCAAAAGCUGUAAGAAAGCCCUGUCUGGAUCAUCUUGCAUCAUCACCUGGGCCUCACUGUUACUUUUCAGGUUCCCCUCCCUUCUUAUCUACAAAGCCAGACAGAAAGAAGUCUUUCCUUCCAGGCCAGGAUUCCUGUGUAUCAGCUUUUGCUAUCCCAGACUUUGGAUUCUGUCUUGGACUCUCUCUCCUCUGAAGGGCUUCCCAGCCUCAGGUUUCUGUGCUCCUGCCACAGUUUAUUCUUGUCUUUAACUUAGAGUCCUAGUGAUGCUGGAAUGGAGAUAGGCAGAGAGAGUAUAGUUGUAGGCUUGGCUAUCCAAGAAGACAUUCUUUAAUUGUAGAGAGCUACUUGAAGGAGGGAAAACUCAAGUGCUUGAGCAAAAGCAAAGGCAGAAAAAACCCAGAAAUAGGACUGGAUGUGAAUAGUUGGAGCUGCUUCUUUUAGAUACCAUGCUAGUGGGAUUUACCUAAACCCAGCUGCUCUGGGGGUUGAGGUGGCAGCAGAGGCCCCACAGUUGUAAUUUCCAUUUGAGUCUAAAUACAGUAGGCAGUGUGGACCUGGGAGGGGAGGAGAAUUUGAUGGAGUGGCUGUUGUAGCCCUUGCAGUGGAAGGCAGUCCCAGCAUUUGGGUGGGAAGCUAAAUGAUAUGGGGCCUGUUGCUGUGGUUUUGCUGGGACAUGCUGGAGACAGAAGAGCUGUGCUAUCAAAGCUAAGAAUGAAAACUGAGAUAUGAGCCAGGUCAAACUGUGCUACAGUCAAACUAAGAUCCAUGAUGGGAUAGGGCAACAUGAGCUUAAAAAACUUGGGCUGACCUAAGGAAGACAGGUUGACCAGGAUCCUAUCUAUUGCUGGGGCUGCUGCUGCUGUUACUUUCUGGAGCUGGGGAAUUCCACCCUAUAGGAGCUGCUGUGUUAGGCCUAGAAGCCUGAACCUGAUUGAGUGAUGUCAUUGUGAUUAGAGCUGUAGCAGUGCCUCUGCUAGUGAAGGGAAGCCACAAGGAUAGAGCAGUGUGCCCACUGAAAUCCUUGAGUGUGAGAUGUCCUUCUGCCUUCAACUUAAGCUCAGGCCCCUGUUGUUUUGUCUGGGAACUUGGAGGUCAAGAGAGUAGGUGUAAUUCAUAUUGCCCUUGACAUAAAUGGCCUCCUUAAAUUCUAUUCUUCCAAAUCUCCCUACUGUAAGCACCUCUCCCCCAAAUUAGGAGCAGGGUUGGGGGAGCCAAGAGUAGAGACUCAAGAAGUUGCGCUUAGUUGUAUGGCUUGCAUUGGCACCCUUCAGAUUCUGCAUGAUUUGCAUUUCCAUUGUCCCCUUCAUAGAUUUCCCAAUAUUCUGUCCCCCAAGUUAAGGCAUCCCUAAGGAAAAGACUCAGCCUGGCAAGAAAACAUCAAAUCUUAGUGGCUGGUACCAUCAACUGGACUUGAAAAGAGUAUGACCCUGUGGUAGCUAAUGAUCAAAGCUGCCCUGACCAUGACUGAGAUACCUAUAUUCAUUGCAGAAGACCAACAAAGCCACAUGGAAGAGAUCUCAAUAGGCUAGAACAGUGAGAAAUCAUAUUAGAAUUAAAUGUAAAGCCUUGAUCAAAAAAGUCAGUUUCACAAUUAUAGGAUUGGGGGAGGGCACGUGGGCGGGCAGAAAGAUAUACUGAGGUGGGGAAAAAGUGAUGCAGAGGUGAGACCCAUCCCUAUCAUGAGAGCUUUAAACUCAUCUUGAAGAAGCCUCAGAGCCCAUUGGAGGGAGUGUAGCUCCCAUCUGUAAUGCUUCUCUUUGCCUCCUUCUGCCUUUGGGCAGGUGGAAGCUGGCAUCUUGGAAGGAGGCCCCUUCUUUAUUGAUAAGCCUUCUUCCUACAUUAGGAGUUAGGUUGGCAGAAUCAAGAGGGACAUGAUCAGCUCUUUUCCCAACACCUGCUAGAAAUCUGAACUUCUAAGACUGAGGGUCUUGUUGCUACCACAUGGGUUAACUAUCUCUGGGUUAUCUAUCUGGGCUGCUGCUGGUACCAGCCCUCUUGUAAGUAAGCAUUUAUGAAGCACCUACUCUGUACAUAAUCAUAUACUUGGUACAGCUUGGGAGAAAGGCACAAAACCUCCUCCUGCCCAUAACAAAGUCACAAUCUAAUAGAGGAAACACGUUUAAGAAACCAAAACAACCACUUCCACAAUGACAGUGUCUGCUUAAAGUGUCAUAUGAAUAAUCCACAUAGUAAAAUCUAAACUGAGGAGGGGGAUGUGAUACAGGGCAGAGGCAGUUUAGAAAGACCUCACAGAGGUGGACCUUGAGCUCUUAGGACAUUCACAAUGGAUAGAAGUUUAGGUGGAAAUGAAAGGGAAGGCAUGGGGGUGGGACAGUGUAAAGGUAAUGUGCUUAGGAAAGGGAAAGAGAGGGGGAAGGAAAUAAAUCCUCACUGCAUCUUUCUGCCUUUGGUCCAAAGAACUAGCCAGAGUUCUCAGAAGAGGGGAUAUCCCAUUGAGCUUGAAUUCUACCCACUUGUGUUGCCUUGAACUCAGGGAGAGCCUGGGAAGCAGUUGCUUUGUCCUUCCAUCUUUGGGUUCAUACUGGCUGGAAUAAGGCAUAGUCUUCUCAUGUGCAUAAGAAAUGAAGAGUCUGGUCCAUGAUUUCUGUAUGUCUUGCUCCUCUGGGCCUCGGGCAGGAAAAAUAGGGAGUGGGAACUCGGGCAAUUGACUCUUAAUGGUCUGGGUGAAACGAGCUACAUUUUCUCACUAGAAAGCUUCCCCCACCCCAUCUCCCUUCUCUCUUUCUGACUCUGAUUCAAUGACCCUUACAUAUAUCCAAGAAGAAUCUGGGGUGGGGGGAGCAGAAAAGGUUAUAUGGAAAGUGCAAAAAAGACAAAGGUUUAUACAGCUCUUUGUUUUUAUUAUCUCUCACCUCUCCCCUUUUGCCAAUUUUUGAGUAGAAUCCAUGUCUCUUCCUAGGGAGAGGAAGCCCAUAGUUGGGAUAUGGGGGUAGGGGGGAAGGGAGGAGCAGUGUUAAGGGAAAGAGAGAGAAGGAUCUCUUCCCGUGUUGGGAGGGAUGGGGAGGGGGUGGCUUCGAGAUAAAGCUCAACCUAUCUCUCCUGUUUCCUAGUGCUCUUAUACCAGCCUUUUGGUUUCAUUGGAAAAGAGAACCUUCAUCACUAAUGUACAAUCUUGAACUAACUGCUAAUAAAAUGGGAUUGUUUGUAUUCA